GGGAUGUGCAUGGGGGACAUGCAAUGUUGGAGGGACAUGAGGGCAGGCACCGACGGGGAUAUAAGGACUGGCGGCGUGCGGGGAUUGCUGUAUAACUGCGAUGCCACACUUGGGAUGUGGGGAGAGAUAGGACAUGGGGACAGUGGUACCCCCUUGCGCUGAAACUGGGAAUGGGACGUGGGGACAGCGGUACCCUGGUGUGCAGGGACGUGAGGAUGGGACGUGGGAAUGGUUGGGACAUAAAGACAGCGGUACCUUGGGAUGGCGCACUUGGGAUGUGGGAAUGGACGAGACAAGAGGAUAGCCACGCACAGGGAUGUAGCGAUGGCCGGGACACAGGGACAGCUGAGGCAUGGGGAUAGCUGCACUCCAAGACGUGGGGACAGCAUACUCGGGGAUCUUAGGGUGGCUGGCACACAGGGACAGACAAACUUGGGGUUGUGGGAAUAGGCAGGGCAUGGAGACAACCAUGUCCUGGGCAUGUGGAGAUGCAAUUCGGAUAAAGGAACAGCUCUGCCUGGGGACACGGGGGCAGCCAUAUUCUGGGGGUACCGUGCAUGGGGAACAGGGGGUCUGCUGGGAUGUGGGGCCAUCACUGCUCCCUGCUCCCUCUCUUCCCAGGCCUCGUGGUGGCCCUUGACCCGUCCGUGUUCCCUGUGCCCACCCAGCCUGCCCCGGCGGCCCCACGGGACCAUGAACAUGCUGGCUCCAGUCCGCAGGGACAGGGUCAUUUCCGACCUGCCACUGUGUUUUCGGAAGGAGGCCGCCCUGCACACCCGCCCCGCCUUCCACCCCACGGUUGCCAGCGCCUGCCAGGAGCAGCGGACGGGCACCGUGGGGUUCAAGAUCUCCAAGAUCAUCGUGGUGGGGGACCUCUCGGUGGGGAAGACCUGCCUGAUCAACCGCUUUUGCAAAGACACCUUCGACAAGAACUACAAGGCAACCAUUGGGGUGGAUUUUGAGAUGGAGCGCUUCGAGGUGCUGGGGGUGCCCUUCAGCCUCCAGCUGUGGGACACAGCUGGCCAGGAGCGCUUCAAGUGCAUCGCCUCCACCUACUACCGGGGAGCACAAGGUGAGGUCCUGACUGCCUCCUGCCACACCGUGCCUGUCCCCGUCUCAUGCGUCUUUCUCUCCCCAGCUAUUGUCAUCGUCUUUGAUGUCAACGAUGUGACAUCUCUGGAGCACACACGGCAGUGGCUGGCUGAUGCCCUAAAGGAGAACGACCCAUCCAACGUGAUCCUAUUCUUGGUGGGGUCCAAGAAGGACCUGAGUACGCCGGCACAAUACAGCCUGAUAGAGAAAGAUGCUCUGAAGGUGGCCCAGGAGAUGCAGGCAGAGUACUGGGCUGUCUCCUCACUCACUGGGGAGAACGUGCGGGAUUUCUUUUUCCGUGUGGCGGCGCUGACCUUCGAGAGCAGUGUGCUGGCCGAGCUGGAGCGCAGCAGCACUCGCAAGAUCGGCGACACCGUGCGGAUCAGCAGCAACGAGAGCGACCUGUACCUGUCGGCACCCCGCAAGAAACCUAAGUGCUGUCAGUGAGGGGGGCAGCCCCUGGCCCACCCCCAUGCUCACACCUCUGGACCAAAGAGGAGCGGCCCGGGCCGGCCCCGAGGAGCCGUCCCUGCUGUCCCCCAGCCCUCCCGGCCUCUCACCUGCCCAGAGACCCAUGGCUGGGGUAGGCAGGAGCGCCCAUGCUGCUCCCUUAGCUAUGCAAACCCAGGUACUGCUCACAGGGGGUGAUGCCCCCAGGCUCCCAUUUGUCUUAAUAAAACCUUUUUUUUAAUGCUUUUUAAGAAA